GGAGCCCACUCCUUGAGCCCAAGUUCACCCUAGGGGUUGGCUCGCUUGCACACACCAUACUCACGACCCCUAGUUGUAGGCUUGUAGCAGAAGUGCGAGAGAGGAGAGUGGAGAGAAAGAUCUGGGCGUGAAUGGAAGACAUAGAAGACUUGCUGGUUGGCAAUGGAGUUGGUGGAGCCCCUCCUGGGUUUCGACUACCGUUGGCCUCUGUUGGGUUUAACCCCAAGCAGAAUAAAAACAAACCCAACCUGGAAAAGAAAUCUCAUAUCCAAGAUUCUAUAAUUCCGGGCACCCAGACAAUUUAUAUGAAGACUUUUGGGUGCUCGCAUAACCAGAGCGACAGUGAAUAUAUGGCAGGUCAGCUUGCAGCAUUUGGUUAUGUAUUAAGUGACAAUCCUGAGGAGGCAGACUUGUGGCUGAUAAACACGUGCACAGUUAAGUCCCCAAGUCAGUCUGCUAUGGACACCCUAAUAACUAAAGGUAGAAGUUCAAAAAAGCCUCUGGUAGUGGCAGGGUGUGUUCCUCAAGGAAGUAGAGACUUGAAAGAACUAGAAGGAGUCAGUAUAGUUGGAGUCCAGCAAAUUGACCGUGUGGUUGAGGUUGUAGAAGAGACUUUAAAAGGUCAUGAGGUGCGACUUUUGAACCGCAAGACGCUGCCAGCACUUGACCUCCCAAAGGUGAGAAAGAACAAGUUUGUUGAGAUUCUUCCAAUUAAUGUUGGUUGUUUAGGUGCUUGCACUUAUUGCAAGACAAAGCAUGCUCGUGGUCAUUUAGGAAGCUACACUGUUGACAGCCUUGUAGGGCGUGUAAGAACAGUUAUAGCUGAUGGAGUGAAGGAGAUAUGGUUGAGUAGUGAAGAUACUGGAGCAUAUGGUCGUGACAUUGGGGUUACUCUUCCAAUUUUGUUGAAUGCUAUUGUUUCUGAACUUCCCUCUGAUGGGGGCACAAUGCUUCGCAUUGGAAUGACUAAUCCUCCUUAUAUUCUGGAGCACUUGAAAGAGAUGGCAGUUGUUUUGCGUCACCCGUGUGUAUACUCCUUUCUUCAUGUACCAGUCCAAUCUGGGAGUGAUGCCAUCUUGAGUGCAAUGAAUCGAGAGUAUACCGUAACUGAGUUCAGGACUGUGGUAGACACCUUGACUGAACUUGUUCCAGGAAUGCAGAUUGCAACUGAUAUAAUAUGCGGUUUUCCUGGUGAAACAGAUGAAGAUUUUGCUCAAACAGUCAGCCUCAUACAGGAGUAUAGGUUCCCCCAAGUUCAUAUUUCUCAAUUCUAUCCUCGGCCUGGGACACCUGCGGCCAGGAUGAAAAAGGUCCCAAGUGCUGUAGUGAAGAAACGGAGUCGUGAAUUGACUUCUAUUUUUGAAGCUUUUACACCAUAUAAUGGAAUGGAAGGCAGAGUGGAAAGAAUAUGGAUAAGUGAAAUUGCAACUGAUGGAAUUCACCUGGUUGGCCAUACGAAGGGAUAUAUGCAGGUGCUUGUGGUUGCACCACGAAGCCUGAUGGGAACGUCAGCUAUUGUGAAAAUAACAUCUGUGGGAAGGUGGUCGGUUUUCGGAGAACUGAUUGAGACUCUCAACCAAAUAAAUGAGAAUAUAUCUUUGAAGGAGGAAAAGUUCAGUCUGGGCAAAUGUUCUCCCUGCUCUGUCCCAGUUGAAAUUUGUGCGUGUUCAAGGGAGGCAGAACCUUGUGCUUGUGAACCACAAAGCUGUGAAGGAAAAAUUAGUAUGGAGGAAGGCUCUGUUUCAAGGAAGGACAUGUUGCCAGAAAAUCAAAACGGCCAAAACCUAUUCAAAUGGCUACUAAGGAGGCGGAAGAACCACAGACAGAAAAGGGUAGAGAAUGGAAUUGCAUGGGGAUCCAAGGAAAAGGAAGAACGUGACCGAGGAUGCAUGAACCAUUGGGGUCUAGUUGAUAGGGUUCUUCUGGGUGGAAUAUUUGUGAGCAUCUUGACAAUUGUAGCUUUAAUUUUACAUCUAGGAUUUUGGUAGCCAUCAUCAAACUAGUUGAGUAUUUAGUCUGUUCGUUCAUCCCUGCGGGGAAUCCUCAAGAGAGAUUGCUCAUAUAUGCUUUUCCAUUAUAUACACCUUGAAGUAAGCUUUUCAAUAUAAUUGUAUUUGGGAACGGCUUUAUUGCAUAUGCACUUGCUGAAUUUUGAGUAAUUUCAACCUA